UAAUUGAAUACUGACAUUGUCUUCGCUGUGCCUAAACCUGAAACAGAAUGACAUGUAGUUUAUUGAAUGAGAUUGUGGAACUCGAUAAAAUGCAGAACUUUGCACAGUUUCAUUGACAUCUCAUAGUAUUGGGCUGUCUAGUUUGCUCGCAGAAAUUCAUUGGAACAUUAACAGCUAACGUUUGCGAGCUAGCAAGCUGACUACUUGGACUGUCUGUGUACUUCGCUAGCUGGCGAGAUCGGAGCCUGUCGGGGAUGUUUUCGUAAGGACAAGACACCGAGAAUACUUAACGUCACCCUUAAGCAAAAACUGUUCCCCGCGGCCAACCACUACACUACCUUUGAUGAAGAGCGAUAUACUCCACCGAUUUCUUUCUGGUGACUGGAGUUUAUCCCAAAAUGGCCAGCCGCCACCUGGCUAAUCUGUCCCACGCGUGGGAGAAGUACGUCGAAUCCAGGGCACGUGGAGCCGAUCCAAAGGUCACUCUGCAGCGUCUGGAGCACUUCCUGUCCUUGUUCCACUGGGCCCGGCACCUCCAGGGCCCCGACAACAAGGAUGUGCUCAAGUUCUGCUCCGAUAUGAGCGGGGCCAGUAACACGCUCGCGCGGGAGUUCCUGACGGACGUGCACCAGCUGUGCAGCGCGGUGGCGCAGCGCGCCGAGGAAGAGGAGGAGGAAGAGGAGAGCCACAUGCUGGUGCUGGGGGAGUACCUGGUGAAGGGCCAGGGAUACCUGCUCCUCAGCACGCUCGAGUCCGUCAUAGACCAGGAGCUGACCUGUAGAGAGGAGCUGCUCACGCUGCUGCUGUCCCUCUUGCCGCUGGUCUGGAGAAUACCUGUGCAGGAGGAGAGAGCGCCAGAUUUCACAUUGCCUCUGAUCGCCGACGUCUUCUUCAUCCGCGAGGGCAGGGGAGUGCCUCCCAUAAGACCGGCGGGGCAGGAGAGGGAGGCCGCUGACCCACAGGAUGCUGGGAAACGUAGUUCGGGCAGCUGGAAGGCUCGGCGGCAGCGGCGGGCGGCCCAGCGCUACUCCGUGAGAGAUGCGCGCAGGUCCCAGCUCUCCACCUCCGACUCGGACGCCAACUCCGACGACAAGUCCGGCGGCCCCGGCGCGAAGCACCGCCGCGCGCACGGCCCGGCGAACGUCCCGGCCAACUGCCACCAACCCACGCCGCCCGCCGACGCCAUGAGCGCCCUGGAGAGGGCCGAGCCGCAGCCCCGCCCCCCGCGGCUCUUCGGCGGCCCCCAGGGGCCCGGCUCCUCGUCCCACGCGGAGGCCCCCGGCGAACCCGCCGCCCUCUCGGCCGUGGUGCGCUCCGACAACUCGCCCUUUGACCUCUGCCGCGUGCUGCUGUCCCUGCUGGAGAAGGUGUGCAAGUUCGACACGGCGCUCAACCACAACCCGGGGCUGGCCGUGGGCGUGGUGCCCGUGCUCACCGAGAUGCUGACCGAAUUCGGGGACUGCUGCGGGCCGGGGGGCGGGGCCGGGGGCGGGGCCGUGGACCUGGCCCGCGGCUGGACGGAGGAGCCCGUCGCCCUGGUCCAGCGGAUGCUCCUGCGCUCCGUGCUGCACCUGAUGUCCCUGGGCGUCGGCCAGGGGGAGGCGCUGCCGGACCACCUGCGGCAGAACCUGGCGGACCUGCUGCGGGCCACCCUGAAGAUCCGCAGCGGCCUGGAGCGGCAGGCCGACCCCUUCGCCCCGCGGCCCAAACGGACCGUGCAGGAGGUGCGGGACGACUUCUCCUUCUCCCGGAGGCUCCACCGCGCCCUCCUGCUGCCGGAGCUCCUGGAGGGGGUCCUGCGGGUCCUGCUGGGGUGCCUCCAGGCCUCCGCGCCCAACCCCUUCUUCCUGGGCCAGGCGGUGGAGCUGGUGCAGGAGUUCGUCCGCCACCGCGGGCUGGAGCUGCUGGAGGCGGCCGUGCUGGGCCUGGAGGCCCCCGGGGGCCCCCGGGACCCGGCGGUGGAGGCCCAGGCCGGGGACCGGGCCCGGGCGCUGGUGGGCGGGGUGGUGCGCAUCGUCAGCGCGGUGAAGAAGGCCAAGGCGGAGCAGCUGCACCAGUCGGUGUGCGCGCGGCGGCGCCACCGCCGCUGCCAGUACUCCCACUUCCUGCACCACCACCGCGACCUCUCGGGCCUGCCCGUCUCCGCCUUCCGCCGGGCCUCCCGCCGCAACCCCUUCGAGGACGAGGAGGGCGAGGGGGCGGAGGAAGAGGAGGAGGGGACGCCGUACCCCGAGCGCUGCUGCUGCCUGGCGGCCUGCUGCCACCGCUGCCUGCGCCUCCUCCAGCGCCUCCCCGCCGGGGGGCCCGCCUCCCUGGAGAUCCUGGCGGGCCUGCAGGCGGUGGGGGUGUGCUGCUGCAUGGACCCCCGCUGGGUGGUGGGGCCCCUGCUGGCCGCGUUCCGGGCCCCGGGCCUGCGCCCCUACCAGGCCCACGUGCUGGCCGUCCUGUCCCGGCUCGUCCUGGAGCAGCUGGGCGGCGGGCAGCUCUCCGAAAGGGCCCGGCAGGCCGCCUGCAACAUCUGCUCCGUGGACAGCGGCAGCCUGCUCCCCGGCCUGAGGGAGGCGCUGGGGGGCCCCGCCGGCCCCGCCCCCUCCCCCUCCCCCGCCUCUCUGGGCCCCGCCUGCCGAGGCCAGGCCCAGGGCGUGCUGGCCGACCGGGAGGCGGACGACGCCCUGUGGAAGUGGGAGGCGCUGCGGGCGUACCAGGAGCUGGCGUUCGGGGAGGACCCGCAGCUCGCCCUGCAGACGGCCGGGCACGUGUGCCAGCUGGUCGUCCGGGGCAACGCGGCGGUGCAGUGGCAGCUGUACACCCACGUCUUCGGGCCCGCCCUGCAGAGGGGCGUCGACCUGGCCCACUGCGCCCACGAGCUGGGCGGCUCCGCCCCGCCCCCCGCCCAGGCCCUGCCCGUGGAGGUGCUGCAGGUGUACCUGCAGACCCUACCUGCGCUGCUCAAGUCCAGGCUGAUCCGGGACCUGUUCCUCAGCUGUAACGGGCUGAACCAGGUGACCGAGCUGAUGCACCUGGACCAGGUGCGCUCGUCCGCGCUGAAGGUGUUCGAGACGCUCAUCCUCAGCCUGGGGGCGGAGCAAGGGCCGGAGGGGGAGGAGCCCGAGGCGGAGCUGGACUCGGGGGCCCGGGGGACCGGAGAGGGCCCGCAGAGCCUCAGCAAGUUCUACGAGGGCCUGAAGGAGGCCUGCCCGAGGCAGAGGGGCUGCAAAUCCGGGGCGGGGCACGGCAGGGGCGGGGCCGGGGCCCACCUGAACGCCAUCAACCUCUUCCUGUGCGUGGCCUUCCUGUGCGUGAGCAAGGAGGCGGACUCGGACCGCGACUCGGCCAACGACUCGGAGGACACCUCGGGCUACGACAGCACGGCCAGCGAGCCGCUGGGGGCGCGGCUGCCCCGCCUCUCGCCCGACAGCGUGGCCCUGCCCUCGCGGGAGCAGGUGCGCCGGGCCGCCGACGUCUGGGCCGUCUGCCGGGGCAUCUACCUCUCCAGCGCCGUCUUCCAGAGGCAGUUCCACAAGCUGGGCGGCCUGGAGGCCUGCUCCCGACUGCUGGCCAUGGUCAUCCAGAAGCUGGCCUCAAAGACCAAGGAGGGAAAGGGGAAGAAGAAGAGGGAGGCGAAGGGGAGACCGGCGGGGCCGGCGCACCACGACCCCCCCGGCCUCGAUCCGGCGCCGGGCCAGGGCGAGGCGGACCCUCCGGAGCCCAGGGGCAAAGACCCAGCCAGGAGGCUGGAGGAGGAGUGGCCUCUGCAGAGCAUCCGGCUCCUGGAGGCCCUGCUGUCAAUCUGCCUGCACAGCUCCGCCUCCAGCCUGCAGAGCGUCGACCCUCAGCUCUCCUUCCAGCUGCAGUCUGUGGAGGAGACCGUGGGGGAGGUGAGGGACCAGUUGUCCCGCUCGGGGGUGGUGACCUCUGACCUGGCCGUCCCGCUCUUCGACUCCCUGCUCCGCGUGGCUCUGGCCGAAACCCGCGCCGGGCCGGACGCCCCGGAGGAGAGGAUCGACCGGCAGAAGCUCCAUUCAGACGAGGGGGCGGUGCCUGCGCCCGAGAGCCUAUCGCAGGACGCGGACGAUCCGGAGGAGCGCGUGAUCUGGCUGCCGGGGGAGGAGGGGUACGAGGCCGACAGCGAGAGCAACCUGGAGUGCACCGCCAACCGGGAAGAAGGUGCCGGAGCGGAGGCGGGGCCAGCGGCGGAGCGAGCGCUGGGGACGGGGCCGGAAGGUUCCGGAAGCCGGGAGCUCCUCUACCCGGAAAUCUGCGCCAUGGAGCUGCAGCUACUGUCUGCCGGCGGGGCGGAGCCCGAGGUGCUGACCCACGUCUUCAAGAGUCUUCUGGAGACGGUCCGGGCCAACCCCCACAACGCCGCGCUGCUCUACGGACAGGGUGCUGUGAAGACCAUUUUGGGGGGCUUUCAGUCCAUCCUGAGCCAGACAGACUCCCCCUCUGAAGAAUGCCAGGCCGUGCUGGUGGAGCUGCUGGUUGCCAUGGUGAGCGUACGCAUCACUGCGGAGGAGCUGGCCCUGCUCGUCCGGCUGUUCCUGGAGAAGGCCCCGCCCACGGAGAUCCUCUUGAAUGGGCUGCUGCGCAUCGUGGAGGCCAACAUGGACAUGGAGCCGCUGCACUUCCUGUCUUUCCCCCUGUGUCCUCCAGGGGGCGCCCCCAGCCCCGGUGGCGGCGGCGGCUCCUCCUCGCUCUCCCCGGGUCCCAGACCGAGCGGGGCGGGGGGCGGCAGGGCCGCGGGGCAGGGUCGGAGAGGGGGGAAGCUGUCCCCGGGCGAGGGGGCAGAGACCCCCCUACACCUGCUGACCUCGCCCUGGCACGUGGCCCCCAUCCACCUGCCCCUGGUGGGGCAGAACUGCUGGCCCCACAUGGCCGACGGGUUCAGCACCUCGCUCUGGAUGCGGCCCCGGGGCUGGGCAGAUGACGAGGGGCUCGCAGAGAAGGGCAGGAGGCUCAGGAGGAGGGCCGGAGUGCUCCGGGACAGCAGUGUGGACAGUUUAGAGGGAGGGAAGCAUCUGGGAUUGGACAGCCUGCCCCCGGCUGGUUCGGGGGACCCCCUGGUGGAGGAGGGGUAUCUCCACGUGGUCUCCAUGGGCUCCAAGGCCCUGAUGCUCCAGGUGUGGGCUGACCUGAGCACCGGCACCUUCACCUUCAGGAUGUGCAUCGACCCUAACGACGAGAUGAGGGCGGGGCUCCUGGCGCAGGUGGAGUCUCCGAAGGGCCUGCUGGAGCCGGACAGGUGGCAGCACCUGGCCUUCACCUACUCCCAGCAUGCCGAGGGGAAGAAGCACGUCCAGGGGACGCUGGCGCUCUGGGUGUGCGGCGUGAGGAGGUGCGAGGUCUCCCUGGACUACACGCUCCCCAGGAGGUCCAGCCUCUCAUCUGACAGCAACAAGACCCUGUGCAUGCUGGGACAUCACGCCCACACGGCGGAGGACCUGGCGAGGCUGGGGGGUCGCUGGGACAUCGGCAGCCUGCUGCUUUUCAAUGGGUCCAGAGUGGGCUCGGAGGAGGCCUUCUACCUGUACGCCAGCGGCCCCGACUUCACCUCCAUCAUGCCCUGCAAGUACGGCAAGCCCAAGGAAAAGUUCUCCAAGUACGUCACACGGGACGGCCUGCAGUGCGAGCAGGUCCGCCACCUCCUGAUGAAGAACAAGGAGGUGGACACCAGCCCGCUAAUCGAGAGCCUGGCUGUGGUGUACGCCCCCAGCUGCCCGGGACAGUACACCAUCUACGAGCCCAUCAUCCGGCUGAAGGGCCAGGCCAAGAUGGUGGCCACGCAGCGGCCCUUCAGCUCCAAGGAGACGCAGAGCUGCUCCCUGGAGCCCCAGUUCCUCCGGGCCCUGCGCCCCGCCGAGCCCCUGGGCCUGCAGAGCGUCCUGCACAAGAUCGGCGGCACAGGGACCUUCGUCUUCCUCUUCGCUCGGGUAGUGGAGCUCACUGACUGUGAGAGGACCCAGGCCCUGGCCCUGCAGGUGCUCCUGUCUCUGGUGAAGUACAACCAGCACCGGGUCCACGAGAUGGAGAGCUGCCACGGGUUCUCCAUGAUCCACCAGGUCCUCAUCAAGUCCAAGUGCAUCGUGGGAUACCACAUGCUCAAGACCCUGCUGGACGGCUGCUGCAGUGGGCAGCUCCUGGCCCUGGGGGAGGACGGGGAGUUCCACCUGGACACGGACUCCAGCGCCGUGGUGCAGGACCUCAGGCUGAUGUCCGAGAUCCUGCUGGACUGGAAGAUCUGGGCCAAGGCUCAGAGCGGCGUUUGGGAGACCCUGUUGGCGGCGCUGGAGGUGCUGAUCCGGGUCCACCACCCCCAGCAGAUGUACAACAUCCGGCAGCUCCUCAACGCCCAGGUGGUCCAUCGCUUCCUGCUCACCUGCCAGGUGCUCCAGGAGCACCGGGACGAGCACCUGUUCUCCAUCCCCCAGGAGGUCUGCCUCUCCUUCAUCAAGAUCAUACAGGAAGUUCUGGGGUCCCCGCCUGACCUGGACCUCCUACGCCUGGUUUACAACUUCCUACUGGCUGUGCACCCCCCAACCAACACCUACGUUUGCCACACCCCCAGCAACUUCUACUUCUCCCUGCACAUUGACGGUAAGCUGUACCAGGAGAAGGUGCAGUCGCUCAUGUUCCUGAGGAACUCCAGCAGCGGGGGGCGGUCGGCGGGCAGCUCGGUGGUCUCCCUGUCUCCCACCGGCUUCACAGAGCCCCUCCCUGAAGAUUUGGCUCUGAACCACACCCCAGAGCCGGAGGGAGGGGGUCAGUCGCUGAGGCCCCCCAAUUUCACCCCCUCGCCCUGCUGCUCCCCGCCGCACCCCGCCGAGGGGGCGGAGCCGGGGCCGGCGACGCCACGGCAACGGGCCCAGCAGGGCAGCACGGAGACGCUGAGGCGGAGCGGCGAGGAGCCGCUCCUGAGCAGCUGCGAGUCGGCCAAGACGCUGUGCGACUCCUGCCCCCCGAACACGCCCUCCAUCAGCGUGGAGGAGGAGCCGGAGGAGGAGGGGGAGGAGCCCGAGGGCCGGGCGCCGGGGGAGGCGGGGCCGGAGAGCCCCGGCGACGGGAGCGGCGAGGAGCGCUCGGACUCGGCCGGCGACGAGGCCCUCCGUCGGCCCGACAGCCUGAAGGGGAUCCAGUCCUUCCAAAGGAGCCAGAGCAACCUGGCCAGCCUGGGGCUGGCCUUCCCCGCGCAGAACGGCAGCCUGGCCAUCGGCCGCUGGCCCAGCCUGGCCGACCGCGCCAGCGCCCUGCCUGAGGACUGGGAGAGCUACACCUUCUCCCCCGGCUACGAGAGGGCCCGCAGCAAGGCCGACUCCACCGACAGAUCGUGUGCAGAGGACUGCUUGGUGCUGGUGUGCUGUGGUCUGUAUGACCUGUUGAGGGGUGUCCUGCUGCUCCUCCCUGACCUCAUGCUGGAGGAGGUGAUGGACAGGCUGGUCCAGCCUGAGGCGCUGAUCGUCCUGGUCAACCACUCCUCCCCGCUCAUCCAGCAGGGCGUGAUGAAGCUCCUGGACGCCUACUUCAGCCGCGCAGUGAAGGAGCAGAAGGAGAGGUUCCUGAAGAACCACGGCUUCUCCCUGCUGGCCAACCAGCUCUACAUCCACCAGGGCAGCCAGGGCCUGCUGGAGAGCUUCCUGGAGAUGCUGUUCGGCCGGCCUGUGGGCCUGGAGGAGGACCUGGACAUGGAGGACAUGGACAACAUUAACCCGUUCAGGAAGCGCUGCAUCAUCCCGGUGCUGGGGCUGAUAGAGAACUCUCUGUACGCGAGCUCGCUGGUGCACAACGCCCUGUGCGUCCUGCAGCAGCUGCUCAACACCUGCCCCAAGCUGGGGGACAUCCUGCUGGACCACGGCCUGCUCUACGUGCUCCUCAACACGUUGGCCACCCUCAACGGCCUGGAGAACGGAAUUCCUCUGGACGACUACAAGCUCCUGGUUUGCGCCAUCCAGCAGCUUCUGGUGGCUGUGACCAUCCACUCCUGCAGCUCCUCGGGGUCCCAGUACUUCCGCAUCAUCGAGGACCUGAUCACCCUGCUGGGCCACCUGCAGACCAGCAAGAUUUGCCGCACGCAAGAAAUGGCAGUGGCCCUGCAGUUUCGGGUCCUCCAAUCAGCCAUAGAGUACAUCCGGAGCACGGCCAAUCAGGACCCUCAGAAGCUGGGCAGCUCCGUGCAUCUGUCCACCCCGCCCCACCAUGCCCUCCAACAGAAACGCAAGAGCAUCGCAGGCCGGCGCAGGUUCUCCCUGGUGCCGUCGGACUCCCUGCUGACGCGCAUGCGCUCGGUGGCGGGCGACGAGCUGACGCAGAUGAUGCAGCGGCGCAUGAGCCAGGAGAACCCCAUCAGGGCCAGCGAGUCCGAGCUCGUCCAGCGCCUGCAGCGCCUGGUGGUGCUGGCCGUCAACCGCCUCGUCUACCAAGACGUGAGCCAGGAUCUGUUUGAUCUGCUGAACAUUCCGGAAUCCCCCUCCCACCGCUCGGCUCCCAGCAGCCCCCGGGAGGCGGGCAGCGAGGAGAACGGAGCCCCGCCCCCUCCCGCCAACAUCAGGGGCUUCCAGAAGGAGGUCCUCAAACUCAUGAUGGAGGGCAUUAAGGUCGGCCUGGUGAGUGCGCGAGGCGGGUCCAGCAGGGGCGGGGCCCCGCGGCAGCAGUGGAGGCGGAUCCUCUGGUCGUGCCGGGACACGUUCCGGCUGCAGAUUGGCCGGCUGCUGGUGCACAGCCUGAGCCCCGCCCGGCCGCUGGAGGACCGGCGGCAGGCGCUGGAGUUCGUGUUCGAGCCCAGCCACCCGGACAUCCUGCGGGAGAGCAUCAGCCCCAGCCUGGAGCACGGGCCCAAGCUGGCCCUCUACCUGUACCUGCUCCUGCAGGAGCACAAGGCCAGCCUCACCAAGGAGGAGCAGAUGGCGGGGAGCGUGUUCAUGACCUCCCUCAAGCUCUGCGGCCACCGCUGCCUCCCCCUGAACGCCCCGCCCAAACCCGACCUGGUCAAAACCAUGAAAGAGGAGCAGUUGAAAUACGAGGCGGACGAAGGUGCAAACAAGUCAUCGUGGGAGAAGAAGAUGGUGAACACUCAAAAGAGUCUGUUGCAGAGGCUGGAGGGGAAGUCGAAGGACAUCUCCAAGAUGGCGGCGGACGUCACGCAGAACGUGUCGCUGCGGCAGGGCAUGGAGAGGAAGAAGGUGAUCCAGCACAUCCGCGGCCUGUACAAGGUGGACCUGAGCGCCAGCCGCCACUGGCAGGAGCUGGUUCAGCAGCUCACCCACGACCGGGCUGUGUGGUACGACCAGGCCUCCUACCCCACGUCCUGGCAGCUGGACCCAACGGAGGGGCCCAACCGGGAACGCCGGCGUCUGCAGAGGUGCUACCUCACCAUCCCGAACAAGUACCUGCUCAAAGACCGGAGGAAACCAGAGGAGCCUGAGCAGGCCCCCCUGUCCUUCCUGUUUGAGGACAAAACGCACUCGUCCUUCUCCUCCACCGUGAAGGACAAGGCCACCAGCGAGCCAAUCAGGUUCACCCGGAGGUGCAUCAGUGUGGCCCCGUCCAGAGAGACCGCAGGGGAGCUGCUGCUCGGAAAGUCAGGGAUGUAUUUUGUUGAAGACAAUGCCGCUGACUCCCAUGACAGUCAGAGCCCUCACGGGGAGACGGAGGCCGCCUCCUUCUCCUGGACCUAUGAGGAGGUGAAGGAGGUGCACAAGCGCUGGUGGCAGCUGAGGGACAAUGCUGUGGAGAUCUUUCUCACAAACGGGAGAACCCUGCUCCUGGCCUUCGACACCACCAAGUUCCGUGACGACGUCUACCACAACAUCCUGACCUCUGACCUGCCCAACCUGCUGGAGUACGGUAACAUCACGGCACUGACGCACCUGUGGGGCUCGGGUCAGAUCUCCAACUUCGAGUACCUGACGCACCUCAACAAGCACGCAGGCCGCUCCUUCAACGACCUCAUGCAGUACCCCGUCUUCCCCUUCAUCCUGAGCGACUACACCAGCGAGACCCUGGAUCUGCACGACACCGCCAUCUACAGGAACCUGAGCAAACCCAUCGCUGUGCAGUCUAAGGAGAAGGAGGACCGAUAUGUGGACAACUACAAGUACCUGGAGGAGGAGUUUCGGAAGGGGGUUCGGGAGGACGACCCCAUGCCCCCCGUGCAGCCCUACCACUACGGCUCCCACUACUCCAACAGCGGCACCGUCCUGCACUUCCUGGUCCGGAUGCCCCCCUUCACCAAGAUGUUCCUGGCCUAUCAGGAUCAGAGUUUCGAUAUCCCGGACCGGACGUUCCACUCCAUGAACACCACAUGGCGCCUUUCCUCCUAUGAGUCCAUGACGGACGUCAAGGAGCUGAUCCCAGAGUUCUUCUAUCUGCCCGAGUUCCUGGUCAACAGAGAAGGCUUCGACUUUGGGGUGCGGCAGAACAGCGAGCGGGUGAACCACGUGAACCUGCCGCCCUGGGCCCGGAACGACCCGCGGCUCUUCAUCCUGAUCCACCGGCAGGCGCUGGAGUCGGACCAGGUGUCCCAGACGCUGUGCCAGUGGAUCGACCUGGUCUUCGGCCUCAAGCAGAAGGGCAAGGCCGCCGUGCAGGCCAUCAACGUCUUCCACCCGGCGACGUACUUUGGCGUGGACGUGUCGGCGGUGGAGGACCCCGUGCAGCGGCGGGCCCUGGAGACCAUGAUUAAGACGUACGGGCAGACCCCCCGGCAGCUCUUCAGCGCGUCCCACCUCAACCGGCCCGGCCCCCGCCUGCUCAUGGAGGGGGAGCUGCCCGCCGCCAUGGGCCUCCUGGUGCAGCUGGCCUUCCGCGAGACCAGGGAGCACGCCAAGGAGGUGGUGUACCCGAGCCCCCUGCCUUGGAUAAAAGGUCUGAAGUGGGGGGAGUAUGUGGGGUCCCCCAGCGCCCCGGACCCCGUGGUGUGCUUCAGCCAGCCCCACGGAGAGCGGUUCGGCUCCCUGCUCGCCCUCCCCACCAGGGCCGUCUGCGGCCUGUCCCGCAACUUCUGCCUCAUGAUGAUCUACAGCAAGGAGCAAGGCGUGCGGAGCAUGCACAGCACAGACAUCCAGUGGUCGGCCAUCUUGAGCUGGGGCUACGCCGACAACAUGCUGCGGCUGAAGAGCAAGCAGAGCGAGCCGCCAAUCAACUUCAUCCAGUGCUCCCAGCUGCACCAGGUGACCAGUUGCGCCUGGGUACCGGACAGCUGCCAGCUGUUCACAGGCAGCCGGUGCGGAGUCAUCACAGCCUACUGCAGCCGCUUCACCAACAGUACACCCUUGGAGAUGGAGGUGGAGUCUCAGAUGCACCUGUACGGCCACACGGCAGAGGUGACGGGCCUGUUCGUCUGCAAGCCCUACAGCAUCCUCAUCAGCGUCAGCAGGGACGGCACCUGCAUCCUCUGGGACCUCAACAGGUUGUGUUAUGUGCAGAGUCUGACGGGGCACAAGAGUCCUGUCACUGCCGUGUCCGCCAGCGAAACCACGGGGGACAUCGCCACGGUGUGCGACUCCGUGGGCGGGGGCAGUGACCUACGCCUGUGGACGGUAAACGGAGACCUGAUUGGUCACGUCCACUGCAGGGAGAUCAUCUGUUCGGUGGCCUUCUCCAAUCAGACGGAGGGGGUGUCGGUCAACGUCAUCGCUGGGGGUCUGGAAAACGGCGUGGUCAGACUGUGGAGCACGUGGGACCUGAAGCCCGUGAGGGAGGUCACCUUCCCGAAAUCCAACAGGCCCAUCGUCAGCCUGACGUACUCGUGUGACGGGCACCACCUGUACACGGCCAACAGCGACGGCACGGUGAUCGCCUGGUGCCGGCGGGACCAGCAGCGCAUGAAGCUGCCCAUGUUCUACUCCUUCCUCAGCAGCUACGCGGCCGGGUGACCCCGCCCCGCCACGCCCGGCCACGCCCAGUCACGCCCCCAAAAACGGGCCUUCCCGAGAAGCUUCGACCAGCCCCAGCAGCAGCAUGAACCCAAACGCCCAGGGUCGCCCCGCCCCGCCCCGCCCCCCGCACCGCCCAUUCCAGGGCCUUAAGCAGUCCAAGAGCCUACCAUAUGCACAUUAUGAGAUGAGAUGGGAGAUACGUUUUUUUGUUUUUUGUUUCAUAUUUGAUUUUGUGUGUGAUUGUGUGAAUGCGAUUGAGGAAGGGGGAGGUAG